GUCCCUUCCCACUCUGUUAACUGUUUACCAAAGCUUGCUAGCCGAGGAGAACUGGAGGAUGGAGAAUCAACCCCAAGUCAAUGCUGAUUUCCUCCCUCUCUUGCAGGUAAAUCGCUUGGCCAGUUGUGCUCCGUCCCCCACCCCACCUCGUCCCCAUCCAUUCCACACAGCAGCCAUGACGUUUCACCCCCUCGCGGCUUACGCACUGCUCCUGGCGAUCUCCCAAUGCUGGGCUGUCAGCUUUCCCGAAGAUGAUGAGCCUAUUAACGUGGUCGACUACCAUUAUUCCAAGCAAUAUCCAGUAUUUAGAGGACGCCCUUCAGGCAACGAAUCCCAACACAAGCUGGACUUUCAACUGAUGUUGAAAAUUCGAGACACACUUUAUAUAGCCGGCAGGGACCAAGUUUAUACAGUAAACUUGAAUGACAUUCCAAAAGGGGAAGUUGUUCCAAGCAAGAAAUUAACAUGGCGGUCAAAGCAACAGGACAGAGAGAACUGUGCUAUGAAAGGAAAGCACAAAGAUGAAUGCCAUAAUUUUAUUAAAGUCUUCGUCCCCAGGAACGAUGAGAUGGUGUUUGUCUGUGGAACGAAUGCUUUUAAUCCUAUGUGCCGUUACUAUCGGGUAAGGACCAACGCCCAGACCCGGCCCGAUUGUUCUCUGCCAAAAUUCAAAGAGCAUCGUGAUGCACUUCAAAGGUUCCUUAUCAACCUUACCAUUGUCCUUCUCAUCCUAUUUUGUCUCUGGCGGGAUCGGAGCAUAAGUGCUCAUCAUUCUUUCCAUGGCCAGUGCCUUCGUUCUCAAAACAAUCCUGCCAAUGUAAUGGGGAUGGUGAAGAGGACAAAAAAGUUGUGUCUCUGCAACUGGACAAAGAGCACCAUGCGUUGUUCAUUGCGUUCUCCAGCUGCAUCGUUAGAAUUCCCCUCAGUCGUUGUGAGCGUCAUGGAUCGUGUAAAAAGGGAGAAACAUCCGCUGCUACCUAGGAUUGAACUCUCAGCCUUCCAAGUGGAAGGCAAGCAUUUCCACCAGUACACCACACUAUCAACAUCACAUUCUGCUCCACCUGGUUCCUGUGCAAAACACAGCCCAGCAGAGGCUUACAAAACCUCCAUUGAUUUCCCAGAUGAAACACUUUCUUUCAUCAAGUCCCAUCCUUUGAUGGACUCCGCCAUCCCAUCCGUCAUCGAGGAGCCGUGGUUCACAAAGACGCGAGUCAGGUAUCGGUUGACCACAAUAGCUGUGGAUCAUUCAGCUGGCCCAUAUCAAAACUACACUGUCAUCUUUGUGGGCUCCGAAGCCGGAAUGGUGCUUAAGAUCCUGGCGAAGACCAAAGCUUUUUCUCUGAACGACAGCAUCUUGCUGGAAGAGAUUGAUGCUUUCAAUCAUGCAAAGUUGUCUUUGUUUGUUUCAUACAACCACAGCAUUGGAGGGUAUGAGCAAGACGUGGAGUACGGCAACACUGCCCACCUGGGGGAUUGCCACGAAAUUUUGCCUACUACAACUACACCAGAUUACAAAAUAUUUGGCGAUCCAACAUCUGGUGUGAGGUGGGAAGUCCAGUCGGGCGAUUCCAACCAAAUGGUGCACAUGAACGUCCUGAUUACCUGUGUCUUCGCGGCUUUCCUUCUGGGAGCGUUUAUUGCCGGCGUGGCUGUUUACUGUUACCGAGACGUUUUUGUGAGAAAAUCCAGGAAGAUCCACAAAGACGCAGAGUCGGCUCAAUCCUGCACGGAUUCCAGCGGGAGUUUUGCCAAGCUGAAUGGCCUCUUCGAUAGCCCAGUGAAGGAGUAUCAGCAGAACAUCGAUUCGCCCAAACUUUAUUCCAACUUGCUGACAGGUCGCAAAGAGCUACCCCAGACGGCGGACACGAAGUCCAUGUUGAUGGUGGACCACAGGGCCCAACCCCCAGAACUGGCAGCUCUUCCGACCCCAGAAUCGACUCCUGUGCUUCAGCAGAAGACCUUACAAGGGAUGAAGAGCCAGAUGGAGAAGGCCCAGAACAACCUCAGCUCUUCAAGGAAAGAAGCCCCCUUGAAGAGUCCUCAGUUUUUCCCCUCCAGUCCUCCACCCCAUUCUCCUUUAAGUCACGGACACAUCCCCAGUGCCAUUGUCCUUCCCAACGCCACCCACGACUACAACAUGUCCUUCUCCAAUUCUAACGCGCACAAAGUGGACAAAAAGAUGCCCAACGUGGACCAUCCACUGACUAAGUCCUCAGGCAAAAGAGACCACAGGAGGUCCGUGGAUUCCAGAAACACCUUGAAUGACUUCCUGAAACAUCUAAACGAAGCCCCCAGCAACUCCAAAGCCAUCAUGGCUGACCUUCAGGUGGCUCACCAGACUUUAAUGUUGGAUUCCAUGGGCAACGUGACAGAGGUGCCCCCCAAAGUCCCCAACCGGGAAGCGUCUUUGUACUCUCCUCCUUCCACCCUGCCGAGGAAUAGUCCGACAAAACGGGUUGACGUCCCCAAUGCGCCGGCAGCGCCAAUGACCUCUUUGGAAAGACAAAGGGGCUACCACAAGAAUUCUUCCCAGAGGCACUCCAUAUCCGCUCUUCCUAAAAACUUAAACUCUCCAAACGGGAUGCUGCUCUCCAGGCAGCCUAGCGUUAACCGGGGAGGGUAUAUGACUCCGACCGGAGGCACAAAGAUGGACUACAUCCAAGGGACGCCGGUCAGCGUCCAUCUACAGCCUUCCUUGUCUAGGCAAAGCAGUUACACUAGCAACGGGACGCUUCCUCGGACAGGGAUAAAGAGGAUGCCCUCUCUUAAGCCAGAUGUGCCACCCAAACCUUCUUUUGCCCCACAGACGCCUUCAGUCAGACCACUGAACAAAUACAGUUACUAAAACUUGCCUAAUCAAUCCAUCCAGACCUUGGGGGUGGGGGAAGAUGGUGCAAAACAGAUGGAAAGAAAGACUCCGACUCGCUUGUCACGAAGGGCAUUGUGGGGGGGACCGAAUUUUUUUGGGGGGCAAACAGGCUCUUUUUGCUCCAUCGGCUGGUUUUGUCCGGCCCGCAGCAAGACUCCGCUUGCCCGAUGCGUUAAAAGAGAGAGGAAGGGCUGGCCACUGCAUCUCUUGUGUGUUGGGAGAGGAGGAGAGACGUAGCACAAAAAAAAAGGAUGGGGACUUGACGGCCACUUCAAAAGAGCUGUUUUAGAGUACUUAGGGAGGAAGCAGACCCAUGAACAAAACGAAACAAAAAAUACUUGAAAUUAAUAAUGAUGAAAGUGAGGGGGUUGUUUUUAGACUGCCACGCUGUGUAGUCUUCCCACAAAAUGUGAACGUUUUAACUAUGUAUGCAUUUGCCUUGCCUCUUGCACAAAUAUCCAGGGGGGGGGGGAGAAAAAAAUGUCUCGAGAACGUCUGUUGGUUAAAAGAAGCAGCCAGCUGAAUGUCAGCCUCUGGGUCCAAUGGUAGCAUUUUUAUUUUUGCCUCCAAAGGAUGACAGUUCAUUUUAGGGCGCAGAUAAAAGGGGGUAAGAGAGGGUUGCAUGCCCGGGUGCGAGGAAACCUUGAAUCCUAUGGAGG